GGCUGUGUCUGUGAAGAAGAAGGCCUUACAGAGCCUGGGAGAACUGCUCGCCGCUAAACCAGAGUGCAGUAUGGUCCAGAAGGCGUGGCUGCACUGUGUGGUCCCAGCUGUGAUGGACUCGGAGAACUCUGUGCAGGACAAGGCCUUGGAGAUUCUGGAGCUGGUGCUGCUGGACCAGGUGAAGCCUCACUCUGAGGGUCGCCACCUGGACAACAGCCAGAAGCUGACCUGGGACCUGCUUGGCCUGCUGUGUAACGAGUGCCAGAACCUUGGGUCAGAGUCAUCCGCUGUUUGUUUCCUAUGAAUGUAGACAUGCAUUUUCAGUGUUUGUAAUGGUUAUAAACUAUAACAGCGAUCUCAG